AGUGUGUGUUGUGUGUUUUUUUGUGGGCUCAGUCAUGUCAUCAGACUCACCACCGCCAAAAAAGUAAAAGAAAGAGAAAAAAAGAAAGAGAGAGAGAGAGAAAACAAGAAAAAGGCUAGAGAAGAAAUAAUUAUUCUCCAAAAACCAACAAAAAGAAAAGUCCAAAGAAAUAGUAAUUAUUUUUUCCUCAUUCUCAUUUCUUUCCCCAAAUUCACUCAUUCAGGAUGGAAGAGGAAAAUGUGUCCGAGAAAAGUUUGACCUCCGCAGCAGCUUUUGUGGAAGGAGGAAUUCAAGAUGCAUGUGAUGAUUCGUGUAGUAUAUGCCUCGAAGCUUUUUGUGACAGUGAUCCUUCCACGGUAACUAGCUGCAAGCACGAGUUUCAUCUUCAGUGCAUUCUUGAAUGGUGCCAGAGGAGCUCACAGUGCCCAAUGUGCUGGCAGCCCAUCGGCUUGAAGGAUCCCAGUAGCCAGGAGCUGCUCGAAGGUGUGGAGCACGAGAGAAAUAUCCGAAUGAACCCUCCUAGAAACACCACUAUAUUUCACCAUCCAACUCUAGGGGACUUCGAGCUACAACAUUUGCCGGUUACUGCAAGUGAAUCCGAACUUGAAGAGCGAAUUAUUCAGCACUUAGCUGCUGCUGCAGCUAUGGGUAGGGCCCGUCACUUUGCUAGGAGGGAAGGUCAGCGGAACAGGACUUCCGCACAAGGCCGUCCUCAAUUCUUGGUUUUCUCGACCCAUCCUAAUGGAGCUUCGGCCGCCUCUCCCGCUGCUCAGAGAGAAGGUGGCUUUCCUCCUGCGGUCAUGAUAGCGGGCCCGAACUCUCCUUUUAUUACCGUCGAAGAUUCUGAACAGCUUAUUCCUCGGAUUUCAUCUGCUCGAGCCGAUCAGCAUAUGGGCACGGGGUCUGCAUCAAGUGCUUCUGCUACUGCUGCAAGCCGGCCAUCAAGCAAUAGGUCUCCUUCACAGACUUCUUCAGGUAGUCAAGAUCGAGCUGGACCAUCGGAUCUCCAUUCGUUCUCAGAAACUCUCAAAUCCCGCUUUGGUACAUUGUCAACGAGGUACGAUGAAAGCUUCUGCUCCGUGCUUAUUACUCGAAUACGCAUAUUUUUGGGCUGUUCUAGUCCAACUCAAGGUUUUAACUAUAUAAAUUCCAGAUACAAGGAGUCGAUAACGAAGACCACGAGAGGUUGGAAGGAGAAACUGUUCACUCGCAACAGUCAAACGCCCGAACAGCCUACCCCCGAAGUUCGUCGAGAGUCUGGCCAAGGUAUCGCUACUGUAUCUGAGAUGAUGGGCCAUCUUGAAGUAUCCGAAGACACUAGAACGAGAAAUAUUGAGGACGGGUCGAGUGAAGUCCCUACCAGCCAGCCAGCCAUAGAGACGAGCACCGGCCCUUCUAUGGGUGAGCACGAGACACGGGCUCCGUGUGCUGCUGCUGGUUCUGCAUCAAACUAAAUUUCGACCAAGCAACUGCCAUCAUAUUCUUGGUAAGUAUGAACUUGAUUUAUUAAUUAGAGUUUCGAGAACACGAAGGUGCCGCUAAUCUUGUGUGGUGGUAUCAGAUGGGACGACUUUGGACCGUGCUUCAUCUCGACAGAAAUAAGAGGGAAGUGAUCCCCCUUUUCUCAACGAGUAUGUAAAUGAUACAUUAGUCCGUAGUUUCUAAGAAUGCAUGUCUAGCUAGAACGAACAUGGAUCCGAAAGAAACACAAGUGGCAGCGCCUCAUGUUAAAUAAUCAUCGAGGUUACGUUUGGCUUUUCCUUUGAUUAUUAUGAACAUGGUCAGGAUUAGGGAGAUUUCUUGGCAACCCACUUGGAUUUGCUGCUUGGCAACAGGUAUGCUAUUCUGAGGCACGUGCUCGUUUUGUUGAAAUGUUCGAUUUUCAGCAAAACAAGCUCAGUUUCAACUUUCUUGUACGUUUCGGGAUUUUUCCGGCUGGAAAGGAGGGUCAGGAUGAUUUGAGAUUAGUUAAGUUUCAAGAUUCAAAA